AUGCGCCCUGACCAAAAAUGGGUGGGCAAACGCGGCUCCUUGCACUCCAAGAGUGCAAGGGAGGGGAAACAGUACGGCUGGGAUACCUUGACGCGCUGGCUGGGCAUCACGCGUCGCGCAUGCCAGGGUCACGAAUCGAGGUGGCUGGACCGUUACGGCGGCGAAUGGGGCUUGGUCCAUACGGAUUCAAACAGCCCGAAAAGCACUUACCACGGACCCACCCAAAACACGCUUCGACGCGUCGAGCUUCACGUGACGGCAUACAUUAGCUUGUACAAAAACCUCUUCGCCACCGGUCACUAA